GAUAUGAAGGCAGAAGAUAUAGAGGGAGAAGAAGAGACAUAUGUGACUGAUAUGAAGGCAGAAGAUACAGAGAGAGAAGAAGAGACGUAUGUGACUGAUAUGAAGGCAGAAGAUAUGGAGGGAGAAGAAGAGACAUAUGUGACUGAUAUGAAGGCAGAAGAUAUAGAGGGAGAAGAAGAGACGUAUGUGACUGAUAUGAAGGCAGAAGAUACAGAGGGAGAAGAAGAGACAUAUGUGACUGAUAUGAAGGCAGAAGAUGUAGAGGAAGAAGAAGAGACGUAUGUGACUGAUAUGAAGGCAGAAGAUACAGAGGAAGAAGAAGAGACGUAUGUGACUGAUAUGAAGGUAGUAGAUACGGAGGGAGAAGAAGAGACGUAUGUGAGGGGUGAUCAGCAGUGUAAGGAGGAGGAAAUCCCUACAGAUAUCAGCACAGCAGAUGGACACAAAAGUAGGACUAUCUCAGAAGGACAUCUAAUGUUAUCCCCGGAUUGGGAAAUAAAAGAUAAUGACAUUAUACAGGAUUCUCCAGGAGCUGACCCCAUUACCCCAAUUGUACAUCCAGCUCUAUCAGCUGAUCCCUCUGAUCCUGGGAAAUGUUCUCCUGAUCACUCUGAUAUUGGUGCAUCUGUUACAGCUCUGACAGUAGAUACAGUGUUUCCCUGUUCUAUAGAUGCCAAAUGUUUUACACCGAACACAAAGCUUAUUACCCAUCAGUCAGCUAAGGCAGAUGAGAGGCCAUUUCCAUGUGCUGAGUGUGGGAAAUGUUUUCCAUGCAACUCAGCUCUUGUUGCACAUCUGAGAAUUCACACAGGUGAGAGGCCAUUUCCAUGUUCUGUGUGUGGGAAAUGUUUUACAUGGAAAUCAGUUCUUGUUACACAUCAGAAAACUCACACAGGUGAGAGGCCAUUUCCAUGUUCUGAGUGUGGGAAAUGUUUUACACUGAAAUCAAAUCUUGUUAAACAUGAGAGAAGUCACACAGGUGAGAGGCCAUUUCCAUGUUCUGUGUGUGGGAAAUGGUUCACACACAAAUCGUAUCUUGUUACACAUCAGAGAAGUCACACAGGUGAGAAACCAUUUCCAUGUUCUGAGUGUGGGAAAUGUUUCACACACAAAUCAGUUCUUGUUACACAUCAGAGAAGUCACACAGGUGAUAAUCCAUUUCCAUGUUCUGAGUGUGGGAAAUGUUUCACACACAAAUCAGUUCUUGUUACACAUCACAGAAGUCACACAGGUGAGAAACCAUUUAAGUGUUCUGAGUGUGGGAAAUGUUUCACACACAAAUCAGUUCUUGUUACACAUCAGAGAAGUCACACAUGUGAAAAACCAUUUCCAUGUUCUGAGUGUGGGAAAUGUUUUACAGCGAAAUCAAAACUUGUGAUACAUCAGAGAACUCACACAGGUGAGAAACCAUUUAAGUGUUCUGAGUGUGGGAAAUGUUUUACUAAGGCAUCAUAUCUUGUUAUACAUCAGAGAAGUCACAUAGGUGAGGAACCAUUUUCAUGUUCUGAGUGUGGGAAAUGUUUUACUAAGGCAUCAUAUCUUGUUAUACAUCAGAGAAGUCACACAGGUAAGGAGCAAUUUUCAUGUUCUGAGUGUGAGAAAUGUUUUGCAAAUAAAUCAGCUCUUGUAAUACAUCAGAGAAGUCACACAGGUGAAAAACCAUUUCCAUGUUCUGAAUGUGGGAAAUGUUUUACAUGGAAAUCAGCUCUUGUUAUACAUCAGAGACUUCACACAGUUGUGAAGCCCUUUGCAUGUUCUGAGUGUGGAAAAUGUUAUACUACUUCAUCACAGCUUGUUAUACAUCAGAGAAAUCACACUGGUGAGAAACCAUUUCCAUGUUCUGAGUGUGGGAAAUGUUUUAAAGCGAAAUCACGUCUUGUUAGACAUCAGAGAAGUCACACAGGUGAGAAGCCCUUUGCAUGCACUGAGUGUGGAAAAUAUUUUGCUCAGAAAUCACAUCUGAUUAGACAUCAGAGAAGUCACAGGUGAGGCCAUUUGCAUGUUCUGAGUGAGAAAUAAAUCAGCUCUUGAUGCACACUGUAGACAUCACACAGGUGGGGAAGCAUUUUAAUCUUCUGGAGUAGACUCGUCUUCACCAUUUCCCUGCAUUGUUCCUUCAGGUGCUAUUCUAUGUCCUAUGUUUUGUUUUUUGGAUUAUAAAAUCUUCAUUGAAGCAUGAACAUAAACUAUUGAGGUAUCUCGUUCCCUUUCCGUUGGGCACCAAAUUUUUUAGUGUAUUUGGUACUCCGAUUUCCAGAGGAUAUAUCCACUCUUUAUUUGGUUAGUUUUACUUAUUUUAUUACUCAAAUGUUGACUGAUUUUGAUAAAUGGCGUCAUUUGCCGUUAUCCUAUAUCGGCCGUUGAUGGUUUCCUUUCCCAGACUUCUUUACCCAAUCCAGAUGUUGCCUUUCCUUCUGACUGACCGUGAUGUUGCACAUAUUAAUAGG